AGUGAGCGGGUUGUAAGACGGAGUAGCAUCAGUUCGCGACGCACAUCAGUUUACGCAGUUCUUACAUUUUUAUUCUUCUCUUGAUUGGCACAGGAACAAAAAGCUCAGCAAUUUGAAGUCGAAUCCAACAGCAGAGGAAAGACCGAAACCUCGAGAAAAGUGUUUGAACACUCUGGGUGACCCCUUGUAAGACACAGAGAGAGAAAGCGGAGAAAAGAGGACAAAAUGUCACCGGAUUUCAGAUACAUUUUUCUCUCGAUCUUUUUGGUCGUCCUUGUCUCACAUACCACAUUUGCCAGAGGACGACAGUGCCCACCAAGACUAAGUCUACUGUGUGCUGGAGGAGUUGGCAAGAGGGACGGCGGUCUGUCACAAAAUACCAUGAGCAAAAAUGCAGAGACAUUUAGGAAAGACUUUUUGCUGGAUUCGCUUGAAGGAUUCCGACUGACGGUGUGUCCCUUUGACUCAGUCAUUGAACAGUUCUCAAAGGAACAACAAUUAGAACUUUGGCAGAUGAUCGAAGACUUCGCAGUAUCAAAAGGGCUUGAUCUCCGCUAGAAGCACAUCUCACGUGAUGUCAUGUCGUCACGUAAACAAAAAAUAGAUCUCACCUCAAUAAUUCGAUUUUGCUUUGUAAAUAUUCCCAUCAAACUGUUUAUAUUUUUAAUUUCUACUAAAUCACUUUAGUCCAGCACUAUACCCAUGUAAACAAAACGGAAAUAUAUAUAUAUUGACGUCUCCCAUUUCUCUCGGUUGUACAUAAUGGUUGCUGUCAGUCACAACUACCGAUUGCACGCACGUGGCUCACCGGUUUUGAUUAAAUAGUUUUAACUUGUAAUUUAUAAAAUCAAAUAAGUGCAUUAGAGUAAAUAAACUAAACUCUUAUAAUGUGAAAUUACCUUAAAGCACAAUUGUACAGUAUACAUAUAUACAUAUCAGUUUUAAUAUUAUUCCGCCCCACGUGAUUAAGUUUUAGUUUCUCGUUUCAUCUCCGGUUAUUGGUACGUGUAUGUAGCAUGCAGGGGCGGCGAUUUCUUUCAUUAAAAAAAGAGUGGGGGAAAAAUCCAAGGAAGUAGCGACAGAACCGGUUCCUCUCCUCCCUCCCCGCCUGAUUUUGCAUACAAACUUUGCAAUGACAACCACAAAUGAGAAAAGCUUGCUUUAAAUAUGCUACGUAGACUUUUGAAGGGAUUUCCCCCCCUUUUCUCAUUUUUUUUAGAAGGGGGUGGGGUGGGGGUUCCUGAUCCUGCAUUCUUAAGCAUAUAAGACCCCAUUUUAAGCGCACUACGUCUGUGUUUAUAUCUUGAUUCCAUAGCUAUGUUCAGCUGAGUGCAAUCCAUCAUAUUCAUUGUUAUUAUGCGAAGGAUCAUAGUGACCGCACGAGAUUUUCCAUUUUCAAAUACAUAAAAUUUGCCUCUUAGAGCAUUACAGAGCCUCUUUGGUGUCAUGUUAAAGGUCGAGUCAUUACAUGAUAAUUUAAAAAAA